AUGGCAGACACCGCUCCCGUCGUCGCCCCAGCUGCGGCUAAGCCCGCCAAGAAGAAGGCAGCCAGCAAGCCCAAGAAGCCUGCAGAUCACCCGAAAUACAGUGAGAUGAUCAAGGCAGCCAUCGCCAACCUGAAGGAGAGGGGAGGUUCAUCCCGUCAAAAGAUCCUCAAGUACAUCAUGGCUAACUACAAAGUGGCCGAUGAGAAGACUGUCAACACCCAUCUGAAGAUGGCCCUGAAGGCUGGUGUGAAGAGCAACGCCCUGAAACAGUCCAAGGGCACUGGUGCCUCUGGUUCUUUCCGUCUCGGAGAGUCUGCCAAAAAGGCCGCCCCCAAACUGAAGAAAGUUAAGAAGCCGAAGGCAGCCAAACCGAAAUCGCCAAAGAAGGCUAAGGCCAAGAAACCCGCCGCCAAGAAGCCAGCUGCAAAGAAGCCUGCUGCGAAGAAAGCUGUUAAACCAAAGAAGCCAGCAGCCAAGAAGUCUCCAAAGAAGGUCAAAACAGCCAAGCCCAAGGCCGCGAAGCCUAAGACUGCCAAGCCCAAGGCAAAGAAGACCCCCAAGAAGGCCGCUGCCAAGAAGUAA